GGAAUGCAGGAGCAAUGUUUUUGGUGCUAGCUUUGUGUGCCGGAUCGUCGAGGAUGUACAUGUGUGUGGUAUUCAUCGCGGUGGGUACUUGUCCUUACCGCACCCAGGGGUAUUCCAUCCCCCAGUCACGAAGAUCCCCCACUUUAUCGUGCUGAAACAACACUUUCUCAGAGCGGUGCGUACCUGGGGAAAGAGACGAAUGGGAACGAGGCUCGGGGACCAGCCCAAGGUGCCGGACCUGUCGGUGUUCAGAAAGUGGUGACACCAGGUAGAUGCCCGAGGGAAUAAGUGAGCUUGGCACUUUUUCUGGCCCCAGUCCAGCAUGGGUGGAUCAUGGGUAAUCCCACCCAGUGCUAGGGAACAAUGGUGCCGGUGAGAAGGCGGACAACCGACGGACUGCUGAUGGACUGUGACGACACCCGGAUGCGUGAUGGCUUCUGUCAUGGGUGACCCCUGGCCGAGGCUGGUGUUUCUGCGUCGGGCCCAUGAAGAAAUCAUGUUGUGACGAGAAGCCGUGGCCCGACAUGGUGCUAGAAAACUCGGGAGAUGGCAAAGAUAAUUGCUCACGGCAUCGGGUACAGACUCGAGCACCUCUUCCAGACAGAGGAUAUAUAACAAUAUCCCCGAGACACUCCUAACAGCCUUAACCCUUGGCGGCAAAGCACAUCGCUCCAAGACAUUCGGACAACACACACGUAUCAAGUCCUCUUUUCACUCUCUUUUCCUCUGUGAUCAGCAGCACAUCGGGGCAACAUGGACGCCAACCACACUCAACAUUGCUGUUGCUCCCGCCGGGAGGGCCCCCAGUCGCCCUUGCUUACCCCAUCACCAGGCCCUCUUACUAGAUCACUCCCUAGCACCCAGUCGCUCGCUUCCGCUUUGAGCCCGGGUGCCUCGACACCAGGCUCGUGGACCGCCCAUCCGUGGUCUCCGGAAAGCGCAAACACUUCACCGCCUAGCACACGGUCAGGCUCGCCAGAGCUCAAGGUGAGGUUUCAGACAGAGAAGGUCGAGAUUGCUCCACGAGUAGAUGUGGCCGAGGUGCUCCCUACUGUGACCAAGUCAGUGAAGAGCAUCUGCUUCGUCGGCGCAGGAUUUGUUGGUGGACCAACUGCCGCCGUCAUUGCCUACCACAACCCAGACAUCACGGUCAACGUUGUUGAUCUGAACGAGCAGCGAAUUGCGGCUUGGAACUCGAGCCAGCUCCCAAUUCACGAGGAUGGUUUGUUGAAGGUUGUGAGGACAGCUCGCGAUGGUACGGUGGACACCACGGUGAAGAUUCCGGGGCUUCCUAGAUCCUUCAAGCUCGAUGCUCGCAGUCCCAACCUGGUAUUCUCGACCAAGGUGAACGAGGCCAUCGAGGUGGCCGAUGUCAUCUUCAUCUGCGUUAACACACCCACCAAGACCUAUGGUCUGGGAGCCGGGUCGAUGGCCGAUAUCAGCAUGGUGGAAAGUGCUAGCAGGACCGUGGCGCAACACGCCAAGAAGGGAGCCAUCAUUGUUGAAAAGAGUACUGUCCCAUGCGGUACAGCUCGUGUCAUUCAAGAUAUUUUCAAAUACUACCGCCCCAAUGACGAGUUCGAGAUUCUAUCGAACCCCGAGUUCCUGGCCGAGGGCACCGCCGUCGAGAACCUCAUGCACCCGGAUCGCAUCCUCAUUGGCAGUGCCCGCACCUUGGCCGGCAUGAAAGCGGCCGAGAGUCUCAAGAACGUAUAUGCCGCGUGGGUUCCUCAAGAACGUAUCAUUACUGUCAACACCUUUAGCAGUGAGCUGUCGAAGCUUGUCGCCAACACGAUGCUGGCCCAGCGUAUCAGCAGCAUGAACGCGGUGAGCGCCAUGUGCGAGGAGAUUGGUCUGGGAUCGGAUGUGGACGAUGUCAGCCUGGCCCUCGGACAGGAUUCACGAAUCGGGCCCAAGUUCCUCCAGGCCGGUGUGGGUUUCGGUGGGUCUUGUUUUGAGAAGGAUAUCCUCAACCUCUCGUAUUUGGCAAGGGAACUGCACCUGGAUGUGGUCGCCGACUACUGGCUAGGUAUUCUGAAGAUCAACGAGUAUCAGCGUGAGAGGUAUGCGCACAGGGUGGUCAAGGAGUUGAACGGAUCGCUGCGCGGAAAGAAGAUUUCCGUGCUGGGCUUUGCUUUCAAGGACGGCACCAACGACACGCGCAACAGUAUUGCGGUGCACAUCAUCAAGAGCCUGGCGGAGGAGAUGCCAUUGGAGAUUGGCAUCUUUGACCCUGGGUGCGCCGCAAACGAGAUCAUGGAGGAGAUUGAGAAGAUCGGCUUGACCAAGGCGCAACUGGAGCGUGUCAAGAUUUGCAGCAACUGGCGCGAAUCUGUCAAGCAAGCGAGCGCUGUGUGCAUCCUGACCCAGUGGAAGCAGUUCCGCGGCGCCCAGCUCGGUCGCUCGACGAAGAAACCCGUCAAGACACCGUCUCAGCCACUCACCAAGACCUUUGUUAACGGCAAGCUCACCGAGAUGGCCAUCUUGGAGCUGGAGGCCAUGGUUGCGCGCGACCUCAACAUUACCGACGAGGACCCUCUCCACAGACUCAAGCCCGAGGCUACUGCUGAGGGAUUCGAGAUCUUUGGUUUGGCGGCAUCCAUGCUGGAGGAAAUCAGUCAGGAACCCGUCAACUGGGCUGAGGCCGCGUCGCUGAUGCAGGAGCCCCGAUGGGUGUUUGACGGGCGCAACGUCGUCGAUCCCAUUGAGCUCCAAUCGCUCGGGUUCAAGGUCCGCGGCAUCGGCAAGUGACUUUGCCGAAUUGAUAAUAGUAAUCAGGGACGAGUAAUGGAUGAUGGAUGAUAGACGGAGCGCGGAACGGAAAUAUAUACCGGGUAAUUUUGAGUUUGGGUGUUUUUGGCGUCUGGUUGAGCGGCUUCAUCGGCCUCACUUUUUGGUCAAAUUGAACGGCGACAUGGGAUACAACAAUUGGACGGGACAAGGGUACUGGACGGCUUUUAUGAUGUCAAGUCAGGUUUCGUGAAGAAAAGAAAGGGCUGGAUAGGAUUAUUCUGCUGAUGAUUAGCGACGAUUUGUUGCGUUCUCAGGUCGAACGUCUAAUUGAUUUUGCGUUGUUCUCUCCAUUUGUCGCGACGAAACUGAAAUUUGUGGUGAUGGAAUUGAGAAAGUGAGGGGGUUGCUCGGUGCUGGUGCCUGCCCGCCGAUAAGGAUGAGUGACGAUAAGGGGGACUCCGCUUUCCAACCUAAUACAGCUCUGUUACCG